UAUCACACCUGGCUUUGUGUACUUUUUUUGGCUCAGUGGUCAGCGAAGAAUGACGAAUAACUUCAUUAAAUGAACAACCUGAGUGAGAUGGAAGCCGAAGUAACCAUGCAGGAGCAUCCAGUGCACAAAUCACUGCCCCAAAUCCCAGUAGUCACCUCGGUGACCUGUUGUUUCGUACUGGCGGUUCUCUACGUGGGAAGCCUCUACAUUUGGAGCACAAAACACAACAGGGAUCAUCCAACGACGAUUAAGCGAAGAUUCGCUAGUGUUUCCAUGGUUAUGAUGGUGGCCCCCUUUUUUGUAUAUUUCUUCUCGUCGCCGGAACUCCUCAGCCGAGAGCCAUUUCCCAAGUUGUUGGGAUUCCGUUUGGAAGGAUUAUGGCAGGCGGUGCUCAUUCCCUACGGUCUGACAGUGCUUCUAUUUAUAGGACCCAUCUUUGUCAACAUGCAGAACGAGUCCAUACGCUCAUACUUUGAUCUCGAUUACUGGAAAGGAUCCUUUAACAGCAUCAUCUGGGUGCGCAACCAUGUGAUGGCUCCGCUGAGCGAGGAGUUUGUGUUCCGCGCCUGCAUGAUGCCUUUGAUCCUGCAGAGUUUUUCGCCCUUGGUCGCCGUUUUUAUAACGCCGCUUUUCUUUGGAGUGGCCCAUUUGCAUCACAUAGCCGAGCGAUUGAGUUUGGGAGUGGAGCUGAGCACGGCCUUAUUGAUUGGAUUGUUCCAGUUCAUCUACACCACGUUGUUUGGAUUUUAUUCCGCUUUUCUAUUUGCCCGAACGGGUCAUGUGGUGGCUCCGAUUUUGGUGCACGCAUUUUGCAACCAUAUGGGUCUACCAGACCUGCAGGAUCUGUGGCAGCAAGAUCUUUGGCGACGAGUGGUGGCUAUUGCCCUCUAUAUAGCUGGAUUCGCUGGGUGGAUUUUCCUGCUUCCGUUGGCUACCGUUCCUUCGAUAUAUCAAAACACUCUCUACUGGAAUGUAUAUUGCAAAGAUCGAAUUGGAUAGUUCCAUUACUGUGUGUUUAUUUGCCGCUGCCAUAUGAGAAGCUAAAGCUGUAUGUACAUAAUAUUCUUGUAUGUAUCAUGUUUAGGUAUAAAUUGCAUAUCAAACAAAGCUGACUGCUCCCAUAACAUAACCACGUAUUUGUUUACGAAACAUGUCUUCCGUUUAGAACCCAAUAUAAAACCCAAUAAGAAAAACGGAAAUAUAAAAUUUAAAUGCA